AUGAUUACAAGUUACCAGCGGUCCGAUGCCGCCGCAAUACUUCGAACCAUCCAGAAGUUAUUCGCAGAUGAUGUAUUUAAAAAGCACCUCAAUCCGAGUCAGUUACUUUUAUUGAAGUACUUGUUGAGUCUACCAGACCAAGAAUCAAAGACACUUAUAUGGGAUGCGUUUCUCUCCGGCAAGUUGGAACUAUUUGUAGAACUGAAUACAACUCUUAAUGCAACUUCCGACAAAGGUGCCACUAAUGAUUUGGUAGCGGCUACCAGAUUACCAUCAUUAUCAACACAACAACAACCUCAAGCUAGUUCUGGACUCUCGAGAACUGGCACUCCUUUACAUGAUUCGACUGAUAACCAAAGUGUUGACGAUGACGACAGUGAUAUGAUCGAUUUGGAACAAUUGAAGGCCCAGCUAGAUGGACUGGAUUUUAUAGGAAAUUUAUCUAUGAAAGUCAGGUACGUUGUAUGGGAACAUGGACUCACUCUCCUUGAGCCAGAAACAUCCUCAGAAUACCUUCUACUUGACACGGAUAAUGAUAGCGCUGUAAUAGAGGAUGGAAGUAAUAAUACUCUUAUAGAUCAAAGUGCGGUUCCCAACUCUUCCACGCUUCCUACAAAUGACACAGCACCCUUGACUAUGAAAGAAGUGAGCAAGAAUAGCGAAAACAAAGAAGGCUCUGAUGAAGAUGAUAACUAUGAUGAAGAUGAUGAUGACGACGACGAGGAUAAUUACGAUGAUGCUGAAGAAGAUCCUCAAAAGAUAGAAAAAAAUGAUACAGAAAAUGGAAAAAUCUCUCAUCCUAAUGAUCUUGAUGAGAAACCCAAAGUGUCAGAUGAAACUGAAUCGCCAAUUUACGAGCAACUUGAUAACGGACUCAUAAGACUGCAUUUCAUCAUCUCAAAGGAAACUUUGAACGAACUUCCAUCUGUAAAUACCUACGAUAUCAUCGGUAACUUUCACAAAAUAUAUCAUCUCUUUGACAAUGAUAAAGAGACCACUAUGAGGCGUUUAAAACUUCAGGAAAAUGAUCAAAUGCUAGAAAGCUCAAGGAAAAGGUCUCACGAACAGAUUGAAGACGAAGAAGAGGAUGACUCAGGGAACCCUAGCAUAUCUCAUCAUAAGUCUGCGGCAGAUAAGAAGAUCAAUACUAAGACUAAAGCAGAUAUCCAAAUGGACCUCGGUGUCGUAAAUCUGUCAUUAAGGCAUUUGCUCAAAUCGGUACAGGAAAAUAAAAGUAAGCUAGAUAUUUCAGAUUACGAACUUAAACAUUUAUUAAUGGAUGUUAGAAUGAACAGAUCUAAAUGGGCUUCUGAAGAUAAAAUUGGACAAGAAGAAUUAUACGAUGCAUGCGAGAAGGUGGUACUGGAACUCAGAAAUUUCACAGAGCAUUCUACUGCAUUUCUUAACAAAGUCAGCAAGAGAGAAGCUCCAAACUAUUACCAAAUAAUUAAAAAACCAAUGGAUUUGAACACUGUGCUGAAGAAGCUCAAAACUUUUCAGUAUAAAUCUAAACAUGAGUUUGUUGAUGAUAUUAUGUUAAUAUGGAGAAACUGCCUCACGUAUAACUCGGAUCCUAAGCAUUUCUUGAGAGCCCAUGCAAUUGCGAUGCAGAAGAAAUCUCAACAACUAGUACCACUAAUACCAGAUAUAACAAUCCGUGAUAGAGCGCAAGUUGAAAAAGAACUAGAAGAUAUAGACGCCGAGAGCAACAUUAAAGACGAUGAAGAGGAUGCUGGUUCAGGUCGUAAGGGUAUUCAGAGACGUGGUGUUCAAAAGGUUAUUGACGAUGAAGAAGAAGAAAUGGAAGAGAACCAUCCUGGAGGUAAAAAAACACGAGCAACUGAUGCUGAACGGAAUCAACAACAAUCCACCAAUAAAACAGUAAGCAGUGACAAAACACCUUCCACUAACGAAGCUGAACAAACGCCAGAAGUUGGCAUAGUUUCUGCAGAGGGGAGAGGCUCCAAAGUGGCUCAAUCUUCGACUAAUAACGAAUCUACUGAACCAGCAGUUGAAAGUAAAGCAGUGUCAACUGUUGAAAAAAACCAAGAACAUGAGGAUGCAGAAGAAGAGGAAGAGGAAGAGGAUGAAGAUGAAGAAGAUAAUGCCGCUGGAAUGAUGCUUCUUGAACGAGAUGACGAUAAGGACGAUCUGGAAUUGUCCACAUGGAAAACACUUACAGCCAAAGCCCGUGCUGAAAUUUGUUUGAAAAGAUCACAAUUGUUCAACGAACACAAAAUUAAUUCCGAAUCUGAUGCCCUCUUGAAAAAUCCUUCUAAAUUAAAGAAUUUUGAUCAGUUCUUCGAGGAGUAUAAGCAACAGAAAGAAGCAGAAUUUGCAAGACAAAAAUUACAAGAACAGUCAAUGAUGAAAAACGGUUUUGGGGCAAUAAUGAACCAAGCAGAUAGCAGUGUAUCGAAUUUUUCUGACACGAACGUUAAAUCACAAGAUGCCGAAAGUUCCUUGACUAAAGAAUCGAAUGAAAUCACUCUCGAAGAUUCUUCGUUAUUGACAGAGUACAACAUCACUAAUUAUAUCCCGGACUUGGCAUAUACAGGUAUUGGGAAAGAACAAUUAGAUAAAGCUGAGGAAGCUAUGGUUCAAAAAAUUAUGAAGGAAGGAAAAGUAAUGAAGAGCUCUUUGUUGAAUACUGUCGAUAAGGGGUUGAGUCCAAAAAUGAACACGAAUAUCCAGUUGAUACAUGAGAUUAGGCAUAUAUGUCAUAAAAUUUCUUUGAUUAGAGCACUACAAAAUCCAAAUAAACCCAAAAAUUCACAACAACCGCUAAGGUUCAAAGAAUUCAUAAUUGAUGACUCCUUAGACCUGGAUCCAAUUUCCCAGCUCAAUUCACAUGACUAUAAAAAUGAUGAGAAAUUGAUCAAUCGCGUAUUACAUCGUAAUGUUUCUAAGAUAACCAUGUCAAAUGGUUUUGAGAGUACAGAACCUCUCGCGUUAAGCAUGCUUACAGAGAUCACAACAGAUUAUUUAUCUAAUCUCAUCAAAACCAUCAAACUUCACCAUGAAACGCAUUCUUCGAAUAAAAGAAAACCAGCGGAAGCUCUAACCAUGGCAUUGUUAGAAAAUGGUAUAAAUAAACCAGAUGAUUUGUAUUCUUAUAUGGAAAAUGAGUUCGGAAAAAAGACUAGAAAACUCGAAGAUUUGAAGGUUAAAUUAAGCUCUUUCUUAAAGGAUUUGUUACGGCCGACUUUACAAGAUAUAAGUGAAAGAAACUUUGAGGAUGAAUCGCAGAGUUUCCUUACAGGUGACUUUUCAUCAGAGGUCACUGGUGAAGAUUUCUUUGGUUUCAGAGAAUUAGGACUUGACAAAGAGUUUGGUGAGUUGGCUAAUAAUGUCCCACUUCAAUUGCUCACUUUCCAAUUCAACGGAAAAGAUACUGAUAUCCAAGUCAAGGCUAAAGUUAUCCAACCAGAAGAAUUUGAGGAUGUCAUAUACAAAAAACUCAACAAAGAAAAUGUACAAUCUGACUCGUACUCUAAACUUAUACAGCCACUAUUGCAGAGUGCCGUUGAUCGCUGUUCAGCUUACUAUACCAAGCUUGCAAGGAGUAAGAAUGCAGACCAAGUGCCUAAGAAUUACGAGAGUCCAUUAUUUCCUUUACUUGAAGACGAAGAAUUCCCUAAAGUGAAAGGUGCUAAUAGACCGAGACUUCCUCCAACGGGUAAAAUUAGUACAAACUACAAGAAGAAACAUGUCUCAGAAUUAUAUACUUUGCCUGAAGAGGAAGAGCCCCAAGUGAAAGUUGAAGUCUCUGAAGAUACCGCCUCGAAACCCACCGAUGGAAUCUUCAAAUCUCCAGCGACAGUCGACGAUAAUGGAUUUUACGUUGAGGAAACUCCACUCUCAUCAUUCAGUUUAAGUUUACCAGGGAUUCCUGAUACGUAG